UUGUUAAAUGGUCGUGCCUGUUUUAAUCAGAAGGGUAUAACUCCAAACUGCCUGACUGUGCAAAGUCUCUCACACACAAAGGUGAUUGACUACAACUGGAUACAAAAGGAUACACCAUGAAGACCUUGACUUUGUUGUCCUUCUUGGCCCUGUUUUUAGGAACAGCUCAUUCUCAAAAUGCCCUGACAUGUUCUUCCUGCCAUGCUACUGCCGGCAUAUGUUCCCAGAACACAGGCUAUGUGACAUGCAGCUGUACGUCUGGCUAUGUGGGAAAUGGAAUAAACUGCACUGCCAUAGCCUCCUGCACUACAGAAACCUGCUGUUCCUCAGGCUACACCUGGGAUAACAGAGCAGGUUAUAAACUUUGCACAGAUAUAAAUGAAUGUACAGAUGCAACACUAAACACGUGUGCCUCCACCUGUACAAACAAGGUCGGUAUGUAUUUAUGUGCCAGUACCAGAAGUGCUCUCUGCCCCAGUGUUGCAUGUGCUAAUGACCAAGACUGCCUGAAGGUUGGAGGUACUAAUCAGUGUUUAGACCCAUGCAUGAACUACCAGCUACUGAAUGGAGACAGCAGAUUGUCUACAAUCAAUUCCACUGGAGCCUUCGUCACUGAUAGAUGGAACUUUGGUUGGUUUCGCUACAAUGGCAGUGUAGGUUUGAAGAUGAAGGAGAGUUGUGUUGGUCCUGUAAAAUGUGGAUCAGCUGAACCAUUUAGCAUUAAUGGCACCCAUCCAGCUAUUGGUGCCGGAGUAGUGAUGAUGCCCCUUCUUGCUAACACAGUAAGCGGAUGUGUAGCUGCAGGAACCAUCCCAGUCAAAGCCUGCUCUGGAGGGUACUAUGUCUACAAGUUCUCUGGAAGUUUGAAAUAUGAAGCUUAUUGUACAGAACCCUUAGGAAUUAUUGCUACAACCCCGCCUCCAACCACAACUACUACAACAACAACUACAACUCCAACUACUACUACCACCCCAACUACAACCCCAACCACUACAGCUCCAACUACUACUACCACCCCAACUACAACCCCAACCACUACAACUCCAACUACUACUACCACCCCAACUACAACCCCAACCACUACAACUCCAUCUACUACUACCACCCCAACCACUACCACAACCCCAACCACCACCCCAACCACUACCACAACCCCAACCACCACCCCAACCACUACCACCCCAACCCCAACUACUACAACCCCGACAACUACCACCCCAACCACAACAACUCCAACUACCACCACAACCCCGACCACUACCACCCCAACCACAACUCCAACAACAACUCCAGCUACCACCACAACCCCAACCACUACCACCCCAACCACAACUCCUACAACAACUCCAACUACCACCACAACCCCAACCACUACCACUCCAGCCACAACCACCACAACUCCAACAACAACUCCAACUACCACUCAACCUGCUACUACAACAGCUAGCACCACCACACCCCCAACAACUACUCCAACAACUCUAUUGCCAACUACCACUCAGCCUGAGAUAAAUAUCACCAUGACCACAAUAAUAAGCACUAUUGUAAUAAGUGUCACUUCCACUGUUGACACAGUGAAUGGUACAGAUGUGUCAUACUUAGAGGUUAAUGAAACUAAUUCGGUUUACACUGAAGUAAAGACCAUUAGCAACUUCUCUAUUAACAUCAAUAGUAACAAUUCAGUCACACCAUAUUAUACCAAGAUUACCACUGUGAAUGAUAAUCCUCUUACAUUUACUAACAAUCCUGGUCCCCAGAUUUCAAACAAUGCAACAGUUGUUCCUAAUCAGCAACCUUUCCAACCUAAACUUUAUUUAGGCACACCACCACAAACCAGAACACUUACUGAGACAAUUACCAUCAAUGAGGGUAACCUUACCAAAACUACUACAACAACCACCAUUACAACACGGGAGGUCAUUGUAGCCCAACGCCUUAUCUGAACAUCUCCUCCCCUUCUGUCAAUAUCUUUUAAAAUUAUUUAAGAAAUAUAAAAUGGAAAACAGGAGAGGCCAGCAUUAUCAAACGUCACCCAUGAUUAUAUGUUUGCCACAGCAACCGCAAUUAUUACACAGGUGCCUUAUCUACCUAACACCUAAUGUAAAUCUAGUUUCCAUACUAGUGAUCAUAGACAUGUUUGAUAUGCUGUUUCAACCAUAAUCUUUAUUUAUUAAUCAGAAGGUUGCAUUGAGCUUGUUAGAAGGAUCAUGCAACAGUUUGUAGCCAAUUUGUAAAGGAAUCAUUUUAUGGGAUUGAUGAGGAUCAAUAUUUGGUUACAAUGUGAAAUAUAUGAUAUAUACUUUAUUAUUAUCAUAGGAACUAUUCAACCUCAUUUGUUAAUUAUGUAUGUAAUCAAAUGUAAUAAAAAAGCAAUGGAACUAAAAUGCA